CGCCAUCGUCACCCUCGCGCUCCCCGGAUCUAGUGUAACCUUCGAGCGUUACACUACCGCCUUCAAAACCAGCCCAACAUGAUCAUCUCUAAGCAGAACAGGCGCGUCAUCUACGAGAACCUCUUCAAGGAGGGGGUGAUGGUCGCCAAAAAGGAUUUCAACGCGCCCAAGCACGAGGAACUCGAUGUCCCCAACCUCGAAGUCAUCAAGGCUCUCCAGUCCUUGACCUCAAAAGGCUUCGUUAAGACCCAGUUCUCGUGGCAAUGGUACUACUAUACCCUCACCCCCGAGGGCGUUGACUACCUCCGCGAAUGGCUCCACCUCCCUACUGAGGUCGUUCCGGAGACACACCGCAAGCCUGCCCGCGCUCGUCCCGCCCAGGUCCGUGCCGGUGGCGACGGCGCCUACCGCGCACCAAGAGGCGACCGCGACGAUUACCGCCGCAGGGACGACGGAGGAAAGAAGGAGGGCGCACCUGGCGAGUACCGGCCGCAGUUUGCUGGUGUCGGUCGCGGUGCUCCUCGGGAGUAAGUCGUUCGCUGCCGGGCUUUUGGCCCCACAGGAUGGCAGGCAGACAGGCCGGGAGGAGGCGGUUGGGUGGGCGAGUAUGACCACCAGGUGACCCUAUGCUUCCACUUUGACGUUGCAUUAUAUUUUCCCUCGCAAAAGUGUAGUAUGAUCCCGGCAUUAUCCGUGCAUGACUAUGCUAUGUUCUUUCCCUCGCACCCCAUCCGAUGGCCCUGUGUGAAGGCUUUGUUAUCUUUCAUUUUGAGGGUCGCAGGGCCGACAAACGUGUGUUGUCCAAGUCGACGAUCUUCCGGCCUGCACCAUUUGAGUACUUUGCUGCUAAGUCUUCCCCUUUGCUUUUUCUUCCAUGACUCUGCUGCUCGUAUCCCUCCAGCCUGGCUUUGCCCCAUUUUGUAGAUCCCAACUUUACCUCUGUUAUCGUGUGUAUGUCGACGCUCCCUUGACGGACGUCGAUGUCGAUCUAACCGUCAGGUGUUGAUUCAAUGUCUACUCUCAUUCCAUCAUUCC